AUGGAUAUGGGUUUGUUGAAAAAAUGGUUUAAGUGGUCAGAGUUGGUGCUGGCCAUGUUGAUGGUGCAGAUAUUUGUUACUGGGAUGCAAUUGCUUUCCAAAGUGAUAUUGAGUGAGGGAACCUUCAUUUUUGCACUCAUGGCCUACCGUCAUAUCGUUGCUGCCAUUUGUGUUGCUCCUUUUGCCUUCUUUUUCGAAAGGAUCACAUCUGCGAUGGGAUUGUUUUACUAUGGCCUCCGAGACACCACGCCUACAUAUGCUACAAACUUCCUCAACUUAAUUCCGAUAGCAACGUUUGUGCUCUCCAUCAUCACUCGCAUAGAUAAAUUGAACCUGCAAACCAGAGCAGGCAAAGUCAAGACUUUGGGGGUAAUUGUAUGCGUUGGGGGGACCCUCACUGCUAGCCUUUACAAGGGAAAGGAAUUUUAUAUGCGCCAGUACAGCCAUCAUUCUCAUAUCACUGUCAACACAACUUAUGCUCACUGGACACGUGGCACUAUCAUGUUGGCCGGUAGCUGCCUGUCCUGUUCUACAUGGUUCAUAGUGCAAACUAAAUUGCUCAAAAUAUUUCCACUCAAAUAUUGGGCAACAAUGUUAACGUGCAUUAUGGCAACCCUGCAAUCAACAGUCAUAGGCCUAUUUUUAGACAGACGGGCGGCUUCGUGGAGGUUAGGGUGGAAUUUGCAGCUAGUUACGAUAAUUUAUUCGGGAGCGCUAACCACAGCUGCAACGUUCUGCUUAAUUUCAUGGGCCAUCUCAGUCCAAGGACCUCUCUAUCCUCCCAUGUUCAACCCAUUGUCUCUAAUUUUUGUUGCCUUAUCAUCAGCUCUCAUACUUGGCGAAGAGAUCAGAAUCGGAACUUUGCUGGGCAUGAUUCUGAUCAUGUUUGGAUUGUACUCCUUCUUGUGGGGUAAAAGAAAGGAAAUGAAAAGCCCAGAUUUGCCAAAAUCAGAAGCUCCGGGAGUAGCGAAAACAAAUGGCGAGCUGCCCGCAGCCACAGGUUUGCAACUGUCACCCGGGUGCUGA